ACAGCUGCACUGAGGAGUGGGUGGCGGCUACUACUCUCUACAGAGAGAGAAGGGAAGAGUGUUUUCAGAAAGGAGGAAUGAAAAGAGAAAAUGCCGAACCACCUCUUUUCCUUCACCACCCGUCGUAUACCAUUCUCUCUCCGUCGCUUCCUCAGCCAAUCCAUUCCCCACGACCCAUACGACCCGCCGUUUUCCCCCACAUCAAAACCUCAAUCCAAAAACAACAAAAAACAAAAACAAAAUCAUAACAGCAACUGCGACUCAAAUCUCCCUCUUAAAUCAAACCUUCCAUUCAACUUCGUUUAUUCUUAUUCCGAAACUAACCCCUCCAUUAAACCCAUAAGCUUCCGUGAAUCCCCCAAAUUCUCUCCUUUCGGACCCAACCGACUCGACCGCAAAUGGACCGGCACUUCCGCCCCGGUUCACAACGAACCGGACCAAAAAACAAUCGAAGCGGAUCGUAACCGGAUCCUGGGAGCCCCACUAAACGACGAAGAGGUCGCCGACCUCGUCGAACGCUACCGCCACAACGACUGCAACCGACAAAUCAAUUUAGGAAAAGACGGAGUCACUCAUAACACAUUGGAUUCAAUUCAUAACCAUUGGAAAAAGGCUGAAGCUGUUAGAAUUAAAUGCUUAGGCGUUCCAACUUUAGACAUGGACAAUGUUUGCUUCCACCUUGAAGAAAAAUCUGGCGGGAAAAUUAUCUAUAGAAAAUUGAAUAUAUUGCUUUUAUACAGAGGACGUCAUUAUGAUCCUAAGAAAAGGCCAAUUAUACCUCUUAUGUUGUGGAAGCCUUAUGCACCGAUUUAUCCUAAACUUGUGAAGAAUGUAAUUGAUGGUUUGACUUAUGAGGAAACAAAGGAAUUGAGGAAUAAGGGUUUGGAGUCACAGCCUCUGAUGAAACUUAGUAGAAAUGGUGUUUAUGUGAAUGUGGUGGAGAGGGUUAGGGAAGGUUUGAAGAUUGAGGAGGUUGUGAGAUUGGAUUGUAGUCAUGUGGGUACAAGUGAUUGUAAAAGGAUUGGUGUCAAGUUGAGAGAUUUGGUGCCUUGUGUUCCGAUUUUGUUCAAGGAUGAACAGAUAAUUAUUUGGAGAGGGAAUUUAAAUCAAGAACAACAUAAAGAUCUAUAAUGGGGUACUAAAACUAAAGGUUGUAAGGAUUUGGAUUCUCUGCACUUGUAUUAUGACACAGUUACUUGCAGUAAUCAAUCUCGGACAAUGAUUUGAAUCGGACUAUUUAGAUUACAGUACACUGAAACAAUUUCGACCAUUUAUUGAGAUUGAACAGUUGUAAAAGUUAACUGCGUCACACAGUUGGUUACAUUAGGGAUACACUCAGCAGGCAUUGGCAGGAGGUUGUUACUUGACUAUAAGGAAUAUAAAGUAAUGUCAUGUUGUAGGAACCUUAUCGAUCUUUUCCCUGUCUAAGUUAAGUUCCCUAUUGCAAACUAUUGAGCAUUGAGGAUAAGUUGUGUGGAUGAAGUGCAUACAGCAGAAGUUCCACAUGCAACAUAAUGGAGAAAUAUUUCCAUGGAUAUUGGUGGCUGUGCCAACAUGUAAGCAAAAGAUUUGACACAACAAAUGGUUGUUGUUUAAGAAACAAAAGGAAAACCAUGUAAUAUGCCUUACAAGUAAUAAGCAAUGUAGCACGUGUCAGUGAUAUGUAGGAAGCAAUUGUUUGUCACUUGCAUCGGCAACAAUCGAUAUCCUAAAUAGGAAUGUGAAUAAAUUUAGAAGAGGGAAGAUUAAUAUUGAUUCAGAUUUUUCAUAAAACAUAUUGAUCAAGGUUGUUGGUGGAAAGUAUUGGUCGGUUGAUUGAUUUCUCAGGAAAGUCUUCCUCUUUAGAGUCAAGUUGAUUUAGAGGAGCUGAGAUGCAUUGUAAGUGGGUGGGAGAAUUUCUCAGGAAAGUCGUCCUCUUCUUUUGUGCCAGUACAAGUUGAUCUCAACUGCCUGAUAUUGAAGAGAUGUAGAACCUUUGAAAGAAUGAACAUCAGGAAGCAUUGUAACGAGCAGUUGUAUAUUGAAGAGAAAGUAUGUAAGAUGGUGGAUGAUGUCAUGCAACAAUGGAUUUCGAUACUGCCACCAUCAGAAGAUGUCACCUCCAUAUUCUCUUCAGACCACCAGCAGCCUUACUAUUUGAAUCAGCCACCAUAUCAGACGCCAUCUCUAGACGCCUGCACAAUCUCAAUACCCUCCUAGUAGGACUCCUAUGUGUUAUGAAAUUACAUUUAAUAGUUUGAUGCAAGGAAUACUACAACUUUUAGUAGAAUUAUGAUGAGGCAUACAAAGCUAGAUUAUUAUGGUGGGGGAGUUGCAUUAUUAAAUAUUUAUUGUGUUAUUUUUA